CUGUAGAGGGAGAGAGAGUGUGUAACUGGAGAGAGCAUGCGAGGGAGGGAGAGGAGAGGGAGCUACAGGGUGACUGGGACCAGGAGAAACUCUGUGGCUGAAAGAGAAGAGAGGGAGAAGAAGGAAGAGAGAGUGAAGAGAGAGCUGUGUGUUUUUGUUGUUGCUGAACAACAUGUGUCUCAGUGUGCUGCUGCUCAUCUUUCUCUCCCAGGCAGAGUUGGGGAGAGUUUGGGCUCAGCAACAAACAGCGAUGAGGUAUCAUGUGACUGGACAGCAGCAUGAUGAGAGGCCAUCACACAGGACCCCCAGAGAACCGUGGCUGGGUGACGCCAGGGUGACCAGGGAAGUACUGGGAGGAGGACUGACCAUCGACACCCUACCAGACAACAUGACACACUUAGUGGAGGACACUGGUAGGUAUUACUCAUGGCGUAGUUUUGGCCCCGAUGACCCGCGCACAGAUGAACUCUGGGUAGAUCUAAACGACCUAGGACAUGGCCAAGUCAGAAUGCAUGGCAUUUUGUCCAAUACACACAGACAGGCUGCGAAGGUUGCCCUCUCAUUUGACUUCCCCUUCUACGGACAUUAUUUGAGGCAGAUUACCAUAGCAACAGGAGGGUUUAUUUUCAUGGGAGCGGUCACACACCGCAUGCUGACAGCAACACAGUACAUCGCUCCCCUCAUGGCCAACUUUGACCCCAGCUUCUCUAAGGAGUCUACUGUGCAGUACCUGGACAAUGGUGAGGUGUUUGUGGUGCAGUGGGAGCGGGUGAGACUCCAUGGAAGGGAGGCAGAGGGGGCAUACACCUUCCAGGCUGCCCUGCACCUCACAGGGACCAUCACCUUCAGCUACAGAGAUAUACCUUUGCCAGUGGAGGUGAUAAGUUCUGCUGAGCACCAAGUGAAGGCAGGGUUGUCAGAUGCAUUCAUGGUGAACCUGCCUUCCCCUCAAUCCUCAGAUGCCCAACGUCGGCUCUACGAGUACCAUCGGGUGGACAUCGACACAACUAAGAUCACCAACAACUCUGCCUUUGAGUUCACUGCAUUGCCUACCUGUCUGCAGCAUGACAGCUGUGAACUCUGCCUCACGUCCAACCUAACCUCUGGCUGUACCUGGUGCAAUGUCCUCCAGAGGUGCUCAGACGGAAUGGACAGACACAGGCAGGAGUGGCUGGACUACGCCUGUUCAGAAGAGGCAAAAGAUGUCACCUGUGAGGAUUAUUCCAAGGGGGGACCAGACAGCUCUAUUGGCCCUUCAGUUCCCUCAGACUCUGAGGUCACCACACUCCUGGGGCCCCUACCAGAAGGCCCUGCCAUGGAGAAUAACACCAAACGUGUGAUUCUAUACAAUGGUAAAGACGUGAAGACAGGCCCUCCGAGACAACACGACGGGUCAGCUCACACAGGAGUUAUAGUAGGUGUAGUAGCUGCAUUGGUGCUACUGCUGGCUCUUACACUGCUGGCUCUUUACAUCAACUCUCAUCCUUCCGCUGCCUCACCACUCUACAUCCUACAGCGACGCAACAGCUACUGGCCCUCCAUGAAGUUCAGGAAGCAGCGAUUCCACUCCAACUACGCAGAGGUGGAGGUCGAAGGUCACGAGAAGGAGGGAAUCAUGGAAGCUGGACAGUGCUGACCUGACUGAGGAGCAACUGGAUGAUGAGGAGAGAAAAAUGAGUUUGUAGUAGAGGAAGGAGAGAGCUUAGAGCUACACACACAUUCCCUACUCCAUUACACAAAUAAUGUUUUUUCUGUUCAUUCAUUUUUCAAUAAUCACUUCAAUAUAGUCCCUGUCUUUGUUGGCAAAAAAUAUGUGGGGUAUUGUAUAUACUUUUUAGUGGACAAAGUCUUAAACUCUUCUCGUACACAUCCGUGACUCAGGUUUUCGGGAAAGGGACAAAUGAGAAGAGGCCACUUUUAGGCUUUGCUAGAAUUUAUUUUUUGAGUUCCAAGUUUCUCAGCAGGUACGGAUUGCUGUCUCACCAUUUACCACACACCUCCAUGGGAUAUGUAACUGGAAUAAACUGUGAUACAUUAUGGCUAUCAACAUCCAUGGAAAAAAACACUAUAAGGGAUUCUGUAUCCCUGCACUUCCAUGACAAGAACGAAGACCAGUUGACAAUGUUCUUCAAUGAUAAUCUCUGUACAGUUCAUGUUUGAAUGUUUUGUUCCUGUAUUGCUUUUUUUUAUAUACCAGUCAAAAGUUCAGACACACCUACUCAUUCAAGGAUUUUCCUCUAUUUUGACUAUUUCCUAUGUUGUAGAAUACUAGCAAGACAUCACAACUAUGAAGUAACACAUAUGGAAUCAUGUAGUAACCAAAAAAGUGUGAAUAAAAUCUAAAUAUAUUUUAUAUUCUUCAAAGUAGCCACCCUUUGCCUUGAUGACAGCUUUGUACACUCUCAAGUAAAGGGUGGCUACUUUGAAGAAUCUCAAAUAUAACAUGUAUUUUGUAUAACACUUUUUUGGUUACUACAUGAUUCCAUAUGUGUUAUUUCAUAGUUUUGAUGGCUUCACUAUUAUUCUAAAAUGUAGAAAAUAGUAAAAAUAAAUUAAACACCUUGAAUGAGUAGGUGUGUCCAAACUUUUGACUGGUACUGUGUAUGCCAAGAAUGUAUUUCAUAAAUUGAUCAGAGGCAAUUCAAUGCUCUUCAUACAUGACUUUGACCUUCCAAAUUAACCCCAGAUUGAGGAUCAUGUUUUGAAAUACAGUAAUUUGAAAGAAUAAAGCCAUUAGAAUGAAUAAUGUUUAAUUAUAAUGUCAACCAGAAAAGGAGAAAACUCAGUGGGCCUAUAAUUUCUGCAUCCUGACCAGUGAAACCAAUUCUGAUUUGUGACAGCAGAUGUCACCCAAACCAAACUCAUUUGCAACUGUAUUCCAUGUAGGCCUUCACAACAGGCUACAUACAUAUUGUAGCAGAUGGCAUGAUCAUCAUGUGGAAUAAAAAGCGUUGGCGUGUA